AUGGGACAAGACCAAAGUACUUCUGAUAAUGUUGAAGGUGAUUUUCUUAUCGAUGGUGGAGCUCCAGAAAAUUAUGUUCGUAUGACCUCUGAUCGUGAUGGCGUUGUUCCUUUCUAUCAUGAAGCCGAACAAAAAACACACAUUGGAGACUAUGGCUAUGCAGCCAAAUGGUCUGUUAUUAGUGGCCAAGGUGUUUCGCCUUUGUCCAGAGGCGGCCAUUUCACUGUUUACGUAAAAGAAUUAAACCGCGUUUACAUUGGAUACGGAUCAAACCAAAAAGGAGAGUUAUUUGGUGACUGCUGGUAUCUCGACAUCAAUACUCUUACAUGGCAUUUCUUCCAACUUAGUGAUGACAUUGUUUCCCCACGUACAGGAGCUCGUGCAACACUUGCCGGCUCUAAAAUUGUUGUAUAUGGUGGUUAUAAGGAUCGCCAAUAUCUCGAAGACUUGCAUACAAUAGAUAUUUACACAGGAAAAGUUGCUCGUGUAAAUACUUCCGGAGAUACUCCUGGACCAAGAUCUGCAGUUCUUAUUGCAUACUACAACAAGAAUCUUUUCGUUUGGGGUGGAUAUAAUGGUGUUUGGCCAACAACAUUACACAUAUUAAAUACCGAAACAAUGAUUUGGCAAUCAAUCGAUCCCAAUAUAUCCGGACGUACUGCUAUUCCUUACGGAAAGAUUGGAGAAACCUAUUACGGCUACGGUUGCAGUAAAUCCGGAGGUUUCGUUGUUUUUGAUGCAAUUCAAAAGAGCCUCAAGGUUAUCAAGCCACAAGGUAUGGCCCCACGUAGUGACGUGAUGAAUGCUGGCAUGUGUUCCGUUGAUAACUAUUUAUUCUAUUUUGGUGGCAAAUACGAUGAGAAUUACUCGAAUGUUUAUGUUUACGAUGUUGAAAGGAAUACAUUCUUCAUCCUCCCAAUUGCCCCUGAUGAUGAAACUGUUUCUCUCGCUGAUGGUGAAGUAAAUUCUGAAGGUUACCUUAUGCUUCCACGUCGCCAUAGCUUUACAUUGUUCUAUAAUGACAAGCGCCGCCAAAUGAUGGCUUGCCUUGGCCUUCCAGAACAAGAUGUUGUUAAUAUCAACGUUUUGUCAAUUUCAGAUGCGCUUUCAGUGAUUCACCUGCAGAGUGAUUUAGUUCGUAUGUUUGAUGUUAAGAAAUAUUGA